CUUCAGAAGUGUACACCCCCGCCUUCACAGUGGCCGAUAUUCGAACACAGAGCAACAAGACUCUCUUCUCACGUCGCCCCACACCUUUCUCACCCGGUGGACAACCCCCAAAUCAAGCCAAGGAACACUGAAAAAGAAGAGGACCAGAGAAAAGAAUGACAGACACAACCCGCUGGAAAUCCACAAUCUACGUCGGCGGCCUGGCUCCCGCCGUCACCAUCACAACGCUGCAAGAGGCCUUCCUCCCUUUCGGCGAGAUCGCUGACGUGUCGCUGCCCCGCAACGAGAACCCCAACACGGCGGCCGACGAGCCGCACCGCGGGUUCGCCUACGUCGAGUAUGAGGACGCCGAGGACGCCAAGGAGGCCAUCGACAACAUGGACCAGGCCGAGCUCUUUGGGCGCGUCAUCAAGGUGGCGGCGGCCAAGGCGCCCAAGAGCGCCGGGCAGGGGCUCGGCGGGAAGACAGCUGUUUGGGAGCAGGAAGGUUGGUUAGCUGAGCAUGCGGUUAACGAGGAAGAUAGGUUGGCUGCGGUCCAGGCGCAGAACGCGAGGCCUGAAGACCCAAUGCAGGGGCUAGAAGGGCUGGAUGUUGCUGGGCCGAAGCCGGAAUGAAGGGAUUGUCUUCGGUUUGUUCAACGAAGAAAGACGUCUCGCGGGCAGGGCUCUUCCCGAGUCGAGUGCAAGGGUGGGAAAGGAAGUUGAUGAUACCAAAGAAAUUGCAUAGCUACGGCGUUAGGGCAGCUUCAGGCAUCGUUCUGUUAAUCAAGGAGAUGGGCGUCUGUUCACACGCCUUUGGACAGGUACUGAGACACAAACUGGGGUAAACACGCCCUUACUCCUUCCGAUCAUUCCGACCCGCCAUUCUUGUACAGUCCCUCGACCAUCCAAGUCUAAAGAGCCCAAUUCCA